CUAAUGCCUGAAAUGAUUACCAAAUAUUUCAUGGGCUAAACGGUAUAAUAGCACAUUGAUUGGGUCACUUAUAGUUAUAGCCUUACAGGGGAGAUAAGUGAGAUUACAAGGAGUCUGUAGAGGGAGUUUAUGGGAUAUUGACAAAUCUAAGGGGUGGUAAGUGGAAUUUAUCCAAAAAAAAAAAAAAAAAUACUUUAAUUAUGACGGUUGCGGAAGAGAGAUUGGCGCGCCGAGGCGUUUCACUUGUUUUGCCGCCCAACUGAAUUUGAGAAUACAGAAAUUCUCUCUCUAUAUCUCUCUAUUCAUAUAAUAUAUAUAUAUAUAUAUAUAUAUCGACCAUAUUACCUCACUCUUUCUCUCUCUACAACUCUCUCUCUCAUCUUCGAGAAGUUUGGCUGUUGGAGAAGUUUCAAUAUAUCAUCAGCGAAUCAGAUACAUCUCUUUCUGGCAGAGAGACCUGAUUGUAUGGAGAAGUACGAGAAACUUGAGAAAAUUGGAGCUGGAGGCUUUGCGUUGGUUUUCAAGGCCUUUCACCGUGAGACAAAGGAAACUGUAGCUUUAAAAAAGAUUAAUAUUUUUGACAUAUUUGAAGGUGUGUCGAGUUCAACAAUCAGAGAAAUCUCUUUGUUGAGAGGGAUGGAACAUAGCAAUAUUGUCAGGUUGUUAGAUGUACUGAACACUGUAGAGAAUGGAACCAAUAAAGUGUAUCUCGUUUUUGAGCAUAUGGAUGUUGAUCUGAAGAUGUUCAUGGAUACUCAUUCAGAGACUGCCAAGGAUCCACCUGUUAUAAAAAGGUUUCUGCAUCAGAUACUCAGUGGUCUUGCCUAUUGUCAUUCUUACAAAAUUGUCCACCGAGAUCUUAAACCACAGAAUUUGCUGAUAAACUCCAGUGAAAGAAUCCUGAAGACUGCAGACUUUGGAUCAGCCAGGGCAGUUGGUGUUCCUCUCACUAAAUAUACUGGAGGAGACGAGAUAGCAACUCUAAUUUACAUGGCACCUGAAAUCUUAAAUGGCUUCAUAUACUCCACCGAAGCUGAUUUGUGGUCUGUGGGAUGCAUAUUUGCUGAGAUGUGUAACCAGGAGCCUCUGUUUAAUGUUUCAGAUCAUUUUGAACUUUUACGCGAAAUGUUCAGCUUAUUGGGCAUACCUGAUGGACAAACCUGGCCUGAGGUGACUGAAUAUUGUCAGUUUUUGGGUAUUGCUGAGAAUACUCCUCCUAAGAAUCUGGCAGAAGUAGUUCCGAAUCUUGAACCAGCUGGAGUGGAUCUUCUUUCUAAAAUGCUUUGCUACAACCCAAGAGAAAGAAUUACAGCUUUUGAUGCACUGAAGCACCCAUACUUUGCUAGUGACAUUGGGGGACCUUGAUUUCUCUACAGACCUGCAUCUUUAUGUUCUAUCAAAAUUACAGCUAUUUGUAGUUUUAGCGUUGGAGAAGAAUUGUGUACUUCCAUUGAUCGUGCAUUAUCUCAAUUAAGGUGGCCUAAACACCUACAGAUGGUGCUUGGAAUAUACCGUGGUUCGCGAUUCUCUCUCUCUGUGUAAAAAAAUUACUCGCAUGUUACAUAAACUUCUGGUUAAACCUGUGAAGCCUUUCUGAUUAAGGUGAUGGUGUGAUUGUGGAAGUGGGAUGUCCAUCCUUGAAAACAUUAU